CGUUUGCUUUCGGGCGUGAGUGGUUGUGUCUCGUUUAUUGGCUCGUGUUUCGGUGGCUCAGAUCGUGUAGUGCAAUUAAGGCUAACUUCAGCGACACAAUAAAAACUUGAACUAUUUCAGCUCUGAUGUAAGAAAUAGUAUACUAACGCCUGAGCUGUAAAGUAGUAUAAUCUACCUGCAGCACAUGCAUCAAACUGUUCUCAAGGGUGACGAGCAGUUAUAGAAGUGCUAUACACGUGAGAAACAUUUCUUUUACUUGAAGUUUUAAAGCCGUGAGAUGUGAGUGGGGUACUAUCCGAAGCAGGUUUUUGAAGAGUGGUGUAAUCUGUGGAAGCAAUUAUCAACAGAAUAAAACCAAAAACGGGCAGGUUUCAUUGCAAGGAACAAGUGAGAUUUCAAUAUACUGCCUAGCAGUAUAACACGGAAAGACUGUAGAUUUGAUCUCACGCUAUGGCUGCGUCGACCGGGAAUUCUAUAGAAAUUGGACAAUCUGAACAGGAACUUGUUGGCUCAAAAAAACGGAAUACCAAAAAAUACCUACUUAUAGGCGGUGGAGUUGCAAUAUUACUCGCCGUAGUAAUCACGUUGAUCGUAGUGUUCACCGGCAACGAUUCAUCCGAUAAUGGCGAUAGCAGUCCAAUCGUUCAACACUUGGAUCCCAUUACACUGGAAGAUUUCUUAACCGGAAAGUUCGUCGCACGAGAUUUUGGAGGUACGUGGACCCCGAGUGGGAAGAUUAUAACACGAGAUGAAAUGGGACAGGUGCUUGCGUACGAUCCGAUUACGAACGAGACGAAGACUCUGCUCGGAUUGAAUCAUUUAGAUUUGCUGGAGGGGUUCAAGUUCGAUUUGUCACCGGAUGAGCGAUAUUUGCUAGUGGCGCAGAACUAUCGCAAGAUAUUUCGUCACAGUUUUUUGGCUGUUUACGAUAUUGUGGACAUGGAACAAAAUAGAGUGAUCCCCAUAAAUGUUGGAGGCAAACGGAAGGAGCUGAAUGUCGUUGAGUGGAGCCCCGUGGGGAACGCAUUAAUUUUUGUACAUUUAAACAAUAUUUACUACAAAUCAUCACCGGAUGCAGUGGAAGUGCAAAUAACUGACGAUGGUGCUCUUAGCGUUUAUAAUGGUAUUCCCGAUUGGGUGUAUGAAGAGGAAGUAUUCUCUACUAAUAUUGCCACAUGGUUUUCACCGGACGGCAAAAAGAUAGCUUUUAUUAAGUUUAGCGAUGAGAAUACACGACUUAUGAAGAUUCCUAUCUACGGCCCACCUGGAAUUCCAGGAUACCAAUACCCGCACGAGCUUGCUGUCCACUAUCCGAAAUCUGGAACGCCAAACCCGGUAGUACGCUUGUAUCAAGUUGAUUUAGCAAAUCCAACAACUAAAAUCGAGAUUGAUCCUCCUAUGGCUUUGAUAACACCAGAAGCAGAUCAUAUUAUUACAUCCGUUGGUUGGGCAACCAAUGAUCGUGUAAUAUCGAUUUGGAAAAACCGGAUUCAGAACCACGCUAUAGUCAAGUCGUGCGAUGGAAGCAACAUAUGCAGCGAGGUACAAGAAUUUAAGAGUGAUGGUGGUUGGUUGGAAUUGUUUAGUUCGCCGAUUUUCAACAAGGAUGGGUCACAGUUUGCCCUCAUCUCAUCGUCCGAACAGAAUCGGCAUGUAAUGUUGAUAUCAACUGCCUCUAACGGCAGUGAAGCCAUAACUAAAGGGAAGUUCGUUGUGCAAGAUAUCUUGAAAUGGGAUUCAGAGAGCAAUUUGAUAUUUUACACAGCUAACACGGAACAGGAUUCGCAUGUACUUCAUGUGUAUGCAAUUUUAGGACAGAAAGGAUCUGUUUCGCAAUGUUUGAGCUGUGUAGUUGGUUCAAGCCCUGAGCAGCAGUAUUUCACUGCACAGAUGAGUAAAAAAGGUAACUUUUUGAUACUGGAAGCUAAGGGACCAAACGUUCCUUGGAGCGAAAUGUUUGAGUGGAAUUACAACAAUAAGGCUGUAACCUUAAAACCGGUAAAGUCACUAGAAUCUAACAGCCAACUUCGUGAAAGAUUGGAAAAUAAAGCCCUUCCAACUGUUAAGUAUUAUGAAAUCGAUCUCGGUAACGGAUUCUCUUCAAAAGUAAUGCUUCUUCUUCCACCGGGAGCUGAUCUUAGUGGCAAAGUGAAAUAUCCUAUGCUGGUAGAUGUCUAUGGAGGACCGAAUUCCAACUCAGUAACCAGUUCGUGGUCCAUUGGAUGGGGUCACCAUUUGAGCUCAAACCGGUCGGUUAUAUACGCAAAAAUCGAUGGCAGAGGUUCUGGUCUUCGCGGAGACAAAUUACUGUUCCAAAUUUAUCGCAAUCUGGGUACAGUUGAAGUUGAGGAUCAAAUCACUACCGCCAAGAAGUUAGCAGAGCAAUUACAUUUUAUUGAUCCAUCACGGAUGGCAAUUUGGGGGUGGAGUUAUGGUGGCUAUGCUUCUGCUAUGGCACUAGCUAAGGAUGAUCAGAAUGUAUUCAAAUGUGCUGUUUCGGUUGCCCCAGUGACGGAUUGGACGUUCUAUGACUCCAUCUACACCGAGAGAUAUAUGGGACUACCGAAAGACAAUGCUCAAGGCUAUGAACAAUCGCGACUAACCGCAUUGUUUUCCAAAUUUCGAAAUCGAAACUACAUGUUGAUUCACGGAACGUACGAUGAUAAUGUUCACUACCAACAGGCAAUGCAGUUAUCGAGAGCACUAGAAACUCACGAUAUUCAAUUUAAACUAGUGACCUACCCAGACGAGGACCAUAGUCUAGCUGGUGUUCGACCACAUCUUUAUCACACCUUGGGACGAUUUGUCAGUGAGUGCUUCGACCUUCGCGACUAGCACGGCCUAUUGGUGGAUGACACCGAGAGCGAAACGUACUUCCUACCGUCAAACGAAUCCUCCGUCACGAGAGACUUAUUCAGUAUCAGUAUGUGAACCAAAAAGGAUAAGUAACAUACCGAUACUUUUCGCUUGUAAAUAAUGUAGCAAUUAUUAUGUGAUGAAUGAAAAAUAGAGCCAGUUUGGUUUAGUCUGGUUAAACAUGUUAGACUUUUAACUCUGUUAAAGGAACUGGAAUACAAUAUGAAAAUCAGCUAACAGGUUACAAAACCACUAGUCAAUAUAAAGAAAAAUGUAUGAAAUUAGUUCAUUUUUACCACAAAUCACAAACAGACAUGCAAUCUAUUUUGUACAACUUACAUUGUCUACCGAGAGCCUUAGAUUAGGAAUUACUAUAAAAAUCUGUUCAGAUUAAUUGUUCAAAAAUGGUUGAACUCUACAAAUGAAUGAGCCAGUUUUAGUUACUGAGUAAAUUUGAAGGAAUCAACAACCUUUGUAUUAGUCUUUGUGAUUUGGGGAACAUUCAACCACAACAAAUUGCACAUUUGACAAUGUUUUGUUCAGAAGUUUGCGAUUGAAGACUAUUUCUCUAUUUAAUACAGGUACUUGAGUCAAUAAUUGUGGUGACGUCAGCUUCGCAAAAUGAAACUUGUUGUAAUAAAAUUAGGGCGUAUGACAAUAAAUAAUUAUGUUGCACUACACCGAAA